CGCCGGCAGAGCCUACAUUUCUACUUGACCAGCGCAGAGCAAAGUCUACACGUCCCCUCAGCCUCGACCCAGGUCCCAACCACCACCGUACCGUCGCUCCGUCGCCCAGAUCUCGCCCGCGCGCGCGAUGGCCGCCGCCGCCCCCAUCCCGGCCCCGGCGCCCGCGGCCGACGACGAGAUCGUCUACGAGUCCAUGCCCUGCAUCCGCAUCUACAAGGACCGCGUGGAGCGCUACUUCGGCUCCGAGUUCGUCGCCGCCUCCGCCGACGCCGACGCCGCCACCGGGGUCGCCUCCCGCGACCGCGUCAUCUCCCCCGAGGUCUCCGCGCGCCUCUACCUCCCCCGCCUCGACCCCGCCAAGGACUCCAAGCUCCCCGUCCUCGUCUACUACCACGGCGGCGGCUUCUGCCUCGGCUCCGCCUUCAACCCCACCUUCCACGCCUACUUCAACAACCUCGCCGCGCUCGCCGGCGUGCUCGUCGUCUCCGUCGAGUACCGCCUCGCGCCCGAGCACCCCGUCCCCGCCGCCUACGCCGACUCCUCGGACGCGCUCGCCUGGGUCGUCUCCCACGCCGCCCCCGGCGCCGCCGCCGCUGGCUUCGAGCCAUGGCUCGCCGACCACGCCGACUUCGCCCGCCUCUACCUCGGCGGCGAGAGCGCCGGCGCCAACAUCGCGCACCACGUGGCGAUGCGGGUCGGCGCGGAGGGGCUGCCCCACGGCGCCGCCAUCCACGGCCUCCUCAUGAUCCACCCAUACUUCCUCGGCACCGACAAGGUGGCCUCCGACGACCUCGACCCGGCGGCGCGGGAGAGCCUGGCGAGCCUGUGGCGCGUCAUGUGCCCGACCACCACCGGGGAGGACGACCCGCUCAUCAACCCGUUCGUGGACGGCGCGCCGGGCCUGGACGCCCUGGCGUGCGGGCGCGUGCUGGUGUGCAUCGGCGAGGGCGACGUGCUCCGCGACCGCGGCCGCGCCUACUACGACCGGCUCAGGGCCAGCGGGUGGAGCGGGGAGGCCGACAUUUGGCAGGCGCCGGGGAAGGGCCACACCUUCCACCUCCUCGAGCCCUGCUGCGAAGAGGCCGUCGCCCAGGACAAGGUCAUCGCCGAGUUCCUCAACCAUUGAUUGCAUCUCUUCACCAUGUAUACUCAGGAAAUCGGGAAAUAAGUGCAGCUUCAUCGUUCAGUGGAUGGAUGCUGCUUUAACAUUUCAGGUUCAGAAUUCAGAUUUGUGUUGGCGCUGUUUGCCCAUUGUUCAGAGUUCAGGUAUUGGGUUUACGGAUGGAAGGGGAUCGCCAUUGUUUGUGGCAAUGGGUGCUGUAUCAGAAUUGUUGGAGGAUAUAUGGUAUAUUCAUAGUUUCAUACAGAUGAUACUUAGUAUACUUGUUGUAUUGGUCUCAAGGUUUUCUUUGCAGUAUACGUAUUUCGGGAGUUCAAGCUUCAGGAA